AUGCAUGCAGGCGGCCCGCUAUCGCUGACGGGAACGGUGAGUCCGGUGGUGGUGUCAUCGCCGGCGCCGAAAAGGAGGAAGCUUGAAGAGACAAGAGCGAUGAAUAUGACGGCAUGUGUUGGUGGUGGCAUCUUGUCAUUGGGCGGUGAGGAGGAAGCCACCUGCAGCAGCAACGACAACAACAGCAACAACAGCAACAACAACAACAGCAGCAGCGAUAAAAACCCCCACAAAUGUCCAUAUUGUGACGCAUUUUUUAAAAACACACAAGGCCUAGGUAGCCAUAAAAAGAACUGUAGAAGAAGAACAGAGAAAGAACAGGCAAAGAUGAUGAGGUUGUGCGUGGGGGAGGAGGGCAGGACUGGCUGCCAGGUACCAGAAUGUCCAUGUGGCCAAGAAGUGUUGUGCGAUAUAUGUGGGAAAAGUUGUAGGAAGGCUGUGGGUUUGAAUACCCACAAGCGCAGAAACGCCAAAUGUAAGUAAAAAUUUUAUCAGGCACUGCAUGCGGUAUAGCACGUGACCUUACGUGACUUUAUAUAAAGAACUUCACAAGUCACGACAAGAUCAUUGUUCUCAAGCUACGGUCUUGUCACGUCUUCAAGUUUUAUACAAGAACUUCAAGAACUUCAUUGGAUCGGAGGUAUUCUGGCUUUGCCUAUUUAAUAAAUUUAUUUGUUAUAAUUACAGUAAUUACUUUGCAUAAUAUGUCCGGCUUUAUACCCAACAUUCUAAUAUUCGGCCACUCUUUCGUAUGUCGCUUAAACGAGGAUUUGAAUUCGGAUUUUGACAAGCGCGGGUACAAGAAUUUUCAUCUGGCGUCUUCAGGACAUGUUUCCUUGAAAGGCACAGGAUUUUUGCGUACGAUAUAGAGUGGUUGAAGGGUUAUAAGCCUGACAUAUUAAUUCUUGAGUUAGGCACGAACGAUCUAUCCUGUCAACCACCUGAGAUUGUUGGCUCCCGGAUUCAUGACCUUGCCUGCUUCCUGCGGGAUGACAUUCGUGUUUCCGUUGUGUGUGUGUGUCAGGUCGUAGAUCGAAAUAUACCACAUUCCUUCCAACCAGACAUGGCAUUUCAUGCAAAGGCCGACAUAUUGCGGCAGUAUUUGUCCGUGGUUAUUGGAAAACGAAAAGGGUAUGUUUAUAUGGCAACAUAGAGAGUUUUUUAAGGCUGAUAGGAAUUUACUGUCUACUGAUGGUGUUCAUUGUAACCCUCAAGGGCAGUAUUGUUUAUAUCGUAGCUAUCGCGGUGCAAUUAUAAAAGCACUUGCGCUUUUAAACACAUCAUAAUUCUCACUGGACUUGAUUCGCUUAGUUACUCUACUACUUAGUUUACUCUACUAUUGUUAAUAGUAUCAUGUAUUCAUUUUAAUCGAUGUUAAUGAAUAAAGACUACUCAGUUGUAGUAGUUGUUUCUGUAUGUCCUCCCAUAAGGAUCCAUAAUUUAGUCUGUCUGUUCAAUUUGUGUUGUUUUGUACAGGGCUAAUACACUUGCUGUUGCACCUCGUUGAGAAUUAAACCUUUACUAUGCUCAGGGAAUUUCAUGAUUACAUAGCUGAUGUAGUCGUUCAUUGUAUACAGUAUUGUGCAGUAUGUAUGUGCAGUCAUUAUGUUUAGUGCUUGUAUUGUUUGUGAAUUUAUGCAAUUUUGCAUAACUUUCAGCUGCUUCCCUGAGUUAAUCUGAUACCACUGUAAUUCAAUAUACGGGGGUUUGCACAGCCUGUGUUUUUAUUUGAUUGCCCGUUCUGUCUGCAGCUUAAGGGAUAUCAAACCGGCUACCAGUAUGGUAAGCCAUGGUAUUCUGCUGUUAUUCAUUGUCAUUUUAGAUGUUACUUAUGUUCUAAUCUCCACAAUUCAGUGGUUGUACAAGAGUAUAGCUACAUUUAGUCAGUUAACCAUUUAGUCAGUUUAACCGACUUUGCUUUCAAUUUCCCUUGGUAGGUCAGCUUGUUGUCUCGCCAAAAGUUUCCUUUUAUUUAGAAAUCAUGCCGGCAACAAGACCAAGCACACGAGUACAACGACGAGCCCAACCAUUUGCCCCAAGCAGGCAUAGCUCACGUUCCAGGGUUAGUUCUACAGCCGUUACAGGCCAGAAUGAAGCGAAUACUGGUGCCACAGCAACCGCAACAACCACAACAGCUGCAACAGCUUCAGGUAAUCAACAACUAUCAGCAUCGUCAAUCCAGGAUAUCGCAUCAGCAGUUUCCUUGGCAGUGGUGGGAUCUCUUCUUUUAGUACAGGAUGGAGCUCGGAACAACCCACUUGGUCAGGCAGUUCAGGAGAUACCUUUGGUAGCAUCAGGUGAAGCUGGGGCAGAGGUCUCUGUGCAGGGGCCGGUGGCUUCUGCCUUGGGUAGCCUUACGGGUGAGAGUCGUCAAUUUGAUGUUGCUAGUCCAGCCUCCAACAUUUUAAAUUUCAAUUCCAUCCGCAUUCCCAUAGAUGCUCAGGUUAACCCAAAGCUCAAGGCUAAGAUUUGGGCCAAUGAAUUUAUCGAAUUUGGUAGCCUGCUUAAUCAAGGUAUUGGGGAAACCCGUUACCAUAUAGCGGUUAGCUCUGGCUCAGUUUCAAAAUCACCGCCCACUUUAUCAUUAGAACCCACUAGUAAAUCUUGA